GACCCUGCAUUCACUAUAUCUGGUCUCCCUGGACCCUGCAUCCACUAUAUCUGGUCUCCCCGGACCCUGCAUCCACUAUAUCUGGUCUCCCCGGACCCUGCAUUCAUUAUAUCUGGUCUCCCCGGACCCCGCAUUCACUAUAUCUGGUCUCCCACCGUACACAUAACAUGGAAAUGCAAUUAUUUUAUUAAAUAUAAACUAAAUACCUUUUCUCAUCAGAAGUUAGAGCAGUCUUGUGACUUCAGCAGAGCACUGGUUAAAGCUUGUAGGAGGAGUUUUUACCUUGCUCUA